AUGUCGGCCCAUGCUACGUUUCAAGUGCAGCCGAUAUCGAAAUUCGCUGGGCAAAGUGAGCCUGUGCGACGGCCUAAGGAGUUCGCAUGCUUUUCCUACGAUGCCGACCACAAGUUUCGCCUGGACGACAGCUCAAUGAAAUGGUAUUACCCACCCCGCCUGGGGGCCGAUCUGUCGGAAGGGUUUGAGAGCUUUGACAAGCUGGACGAAGGAGCAUCUGCCGAGCAUAUAGACAGUCUGCUGCAGACCAUUAUAGCCCAUGAACAACUGACUGGGAAGAAGAUUGAUGCACAUGUGGUAACAUGGCGUGGUAUUGUGACUAAGUUGAUGGCCUCGCCUUACGAGGACCGUGAUGGCUUCAUAGAAGAGGAUCAUGCCUCCCGUAUGGAGUCAAAGAAGGCUCAAGAUGCAGAGCCGUGGAAAAGUCCAAUCCCUCGUGAAGUCAUGACCUUCUGGGGGUACAAGUUUGAGACAUUAUCAACAAUACCGAGACCAUGGGGUGAGACCUCUCGUGACUAUAUAGAAGGCCGCGAGCAACAGCCAACCAACAAUAAGGAGCAGUACUGCUCGGUUGUGCGUACCGGAAUCGGCAAAACUAUUCUCUGCAUAGGAGGCGAAGUCGACGCGAUCUGGGACUCGAAGCCAUCCAUGCCUGGCCCAAUCAACUGGGUCGAACUCAAGACCUCUGCAGAGGUGAGAAACGAUCGUGACGCCGCAAACUUCGAGCGGAAGCUGCUCAAGUGGUGGAUCCAGAGCUUCCUCCUGGGCGUUCCCAAGAUCGUCGUGGGCUUCCGGACUCGAGACGGGCAGCUCACGCGGGUGGACGAGAUGGAAACCAGCGCCAUCCCGGCCAAUGUGCAGCAGCGAGGGAGGUCCUGGAACGGCGAUACCUGCAUCAACUUCUGCUCUGCGGUGUUGGACUGGAUUCGAUCAACCAUGGACGACGACGGUGUGUGGCGGAUCCGGAGACGGGCACGAUCGUCCGUCAUUGAAAUGUUCAAGGUCGAGGAAACUGGCCACGGGAGGGUCCUGACUGAUGAUUUUAUCAACUGGAGGAUAAAACUGUCCCUUGGCGUUGAGCCCCAACUGGAGCAAUAA